AUGCGAACGAAGCUGCGGUCAAUGGUCGAUCCUGAUUCCGCCUUCUCUCGCUACGAGCGCAUCGUUCUCGAUACGCGCGAGCGAUAUGAGACCUUCAUUCGAAAUGGAGAUGCUAAGCCGCUACUACUUUGGCAUGCGCUUCUCCCUGUCAUUUUGCUCAUAUGUGCGCUCCUGAUACCCAGUCGCAGAGGAGGGGGCAGUAUCUUACGCCAGAUUCUCUAUGUCAUUAGCCUUGGCAUAAGCGCUGAGACUAUACGAUAUCGUCGUGUGCUACUGGGGGGAAAUGGGUAUAUGGUUGGAUUGAUCAUGGUAUGGUUGCUUGUUUGGAGCUCCACCCUUCUUUUCUUUAACAAUGCCGAGCGUGAUUUCCGAAGGAUUGAAAGAGUACGGUCUAUCAAAGAAAAGAGUCCUGUCGGAAAGCAGAAUGGGCACACGAGCAGCAAGAAGUACGGACAGGACGAGGUACAGAGGGAUGCGUACACUUUAGUGUGGCAGCCAUACCCUCGAUCGUUCAAGCACCGACUCGGUUGGGUACUCGCUCUGGUGCUGAAUAUGCGUGGCCCAGAUUUCAGCUUCCGAAUCUCAUCAUUGGACCCGUUGCCUUCUCAACUCGAUCCCAAAAAUAGCCCAGCAGACGCUGUACGCGCUGGGCCUCAAUCAAAGAGCCGUAUACGGGCCGCGUUCACUUGUUUCUUCGUGGCUUAUCUAGCCCUGGACAUCCUCAAGCUGGUAGUGAUUUGGGAUCCGUACUUCCUGGGCAGUGUAUCCGCAACACCUCCAUUUCCCCUCGAAUAUCUUUCAAUCUUCCCAGGGUUGAUCCGGGCAUACCGUUCUUUCGUCACUGGUGCCGCCGUUUACUUCGCUCUUCUAUUCGUGACGGCCCUGAAUCCAAUAUGUUUUCUGGGCUUAUCCACAGCCUUUCCCAAGGCAUCUCGUGCACUAACUGCAACGCCUCUGGACGCGCCCUGGCUCUACACCGACCAGUUCGGCCCGAUCACCGCUAUUCUAGACGACGGGCUUGCAGGUGCCUGGGGUAAAUGGUGGCAUCAAAUCUUCCGCUUCGGCUUCGUGUCAACGGCGAAAUGGUUUAUCUCAUUUCUCCCAGCAUCAGUAUCCUCACAGCGGAUUGUAAGACGCAUAAUUACCACCCUUGUCGCUUUUGGAAUUAGCGGACUCAUUCAUGGCUCCGGAAGCUACACGCAACUCGGCGAGAACACCCGUCCCGUUACCGGAACCUUCCUCUUCUUCAUCCUGCAAGCCGUGGGUGUCUUUGUCCAAGAUUUAUGGGCUCGUGCUGUGGUAGCACAACUGACGCGGUCUGGCCUUGCACCGCCGCGCUGGCUGCGACGAACCGGCAAUGUAGCUUUUGUGCUAGGGUGGCUUUUCUUCUCGGGAUAUCGGAUUGCGGAUGAUUUUGCAAAUGGCGGGAUGUGGUUAACGGAGCCAUUGCCAUUUAGUCUACUUCGGGGGCUGAUGGGCCAGGGUUGGCUUUGUUGGAGGGCGCCUUGGUUUAAGUACCAUGAUGACGGGACAUUUUGGGGGAGUGGCGUGCGGGUUAUGUAG